UUAAUUUUUAAUGCCAUGCCCUAGUUCAGUCACAUUUGACAGUGGGCUGAAAGCCUCAAAGAUAACUGCUUUCUGCAAACUUCAUGAAAAUUGAAAAUGUACUUCAUGUAAACUUCCUCCGCUGGGCAGAAGAGGAAGGAUAAGAUACCCACAUCAGUCCCCUUUGGGACUGAAUGCUAGAAGAGUUCAGCUCUCAUCCCUUUGCCCAGCGUAUGCUGGAAGACAAAACAAGAAGGGAAAUGGCAGGGGACUCCAGAGGUGUUUCCUGGACCUGGCAGAAAUGUAGGUGUAUUUCAGUUUGAAGGGAAAGGAGGGGUAGGAGUCAUAGAAGAGCAAUUUGUAGGAAAUUCGACUUUACAGAUUCCUCUGUUCAUGGAAAAAAUAUUUUAAUUUUUCGUGUCUGUUUCUUCAGUUGUCAUAUACUUAUCAUUGCUAUGACAAUGAUUUUAGCAAGGCUGAGAAAAUGUAUUUAUUAUCAUAUGAUUCUUGGACAAACCCUGAUACAAAUUCCACGUUCCCCAACUUGCCUUCUGACUGUUGAAUUGCCCUGUCAAAACACUGGCUUUUUUUUACCAAGCGCUGCAAAAUUUCUCACUGCUCCAAAGAGAAGUUUCCUUCCUCAUUUCAGGCAGUGGCAGUGAAGACUGGCAUCUCUUAACCUCUAUCGGAGCCUUUCUGACUGUGCUUUUUCUUGCCUGACUGCUAAAUCCUUCACUGGAAUAUGCCAGUAUGCAUGCCUUGCCUUAUAGAUCCCUCAGAAAAGGAAACUUUUGGUCUGCACAAGUUUCCCCUUAACUUCUUUGUAUUCUUGUUCUGCUUUGGUGUGCCAUAUGUCUCUGAAUCUGAGAUUGUGCAAAGCAAAUGCACUGGCACGCGUGAUGACAGCAGUAAGUUACAUGGCAGGGUUAAUGCUGCUUCCGGGUUUAGUCCUUAAUCACGGUGAUGCCUUUCAGUACAGUUUGUUAUUUCCUGGGGAUAGUGACAGCAACAAAGCAGGGUCUCAUCACAAAGAAGAAAUACAGGUUCCCACUCCAAUCUUACCUAGAAUAGGAAUUUCCAUCUUGUACAAAUCAGCCGCAAGACUGACGGUGAGAAGUGAGAUACAUAUAUAAAGCUGGCAAUGUGUGUUUAUAGCAGAUGAUAUCUUGCAAGAAGUUAAAAGGAUUGACUGCCUGUUGAAUCUUUAAAUUGCCUAGACUAUGGUGGAAGCAAUACUGAUUGAUCUGUUCAGCCUACCAGCCGUCUUGCAGAACAACAUCCAAGGACUGCUAUGUAACACUCUGGAAACUAUUGAGAAGUGCUCUUCCAUCCCUGCUCCAUUUGUUUAUGUCAUGUGCUGCCAAGUGCAGGGCAGUGAAUGGAAGGGUGAGCAAGAUUCCUUGCUUCCAGCUCUGAGAGAUUUCCAGAGUCUGAAGAAAAGACUUGAGGUGGUACGUGCUCUGACUACAGCUGCUGCGUUGUACACCAUCAAACAAAGACUUGAUGAAAAGGACAUAAGCACCAUUAAAAUUAUUCUCCCUACCUUAAGGAAAGAAUUAAUGAAAGUAUAUAUAGACCAUCUCUUUACUCCCGUCUACCAGUUCGAAUUUGAGGAUUUACAGGUGGCAUCUGAUUGUAAUAACCUACAGACAACUGAACCUCAGAGUGAAGGGCAAACACUUUCCACACAGGACGUGGCGCUCAUCCAAAGUGAGAUUCAGAUGUACUUGGAAAGCCUGCCGAGUCUGAAAGGGGAGCUCACCAUCCUCAAAUCUUCCCUGAUCCCAGAUGAUAUCUUCCUCCAUGGAUUCACCACAAGGACAGGUGGGAUCUCCUACAUACCAGCUCUAAGCUCCUGCAAUCUCUUCAGUAGUUCUAGGAGGAGGGACCCACAAGUUGUUGUUAAAGAAAAUCUCCGCAGGCUGGCUAAUGCUGCAGGAUUUAACCCAGAGACUUUUCACAGAGUCAAGACCGAUCAUGCUAAUGCUGUGUGUAUUAUGGGAAAGACAGAGCCUGACAGCUAUGAUGGAAUAGUUACGGAUCAGAAAGGUGUUACAAUAGCAGCUCCAGGAGCCGAUUGCAUACCUGUACUGUUUGCUGAUCCUGUCAGAAAAGCCUGCGGUGCUGCUCAUUCUGGAUGGAAAGGCACGUUGUUAGGAGUUUCUAUGGCCACAGUAAAUGCGAUGGUAUCUGAAUAUGGCUGUAACGUGAAAGACAUCCUCGUGGUCCUGGGCCCUUCUGUAGGACCUUGCUGCUAUAAACUUCCUCACGAAUCAGCUAAAGAGUUUCACAGAAUUGAUCCAAAGUGUGUGAGACACUUUGACUCUGCAACUCCAUAUAUUGAUAUUAGAAGAGCCACACGGAUUCUUCUUGAGAGUGGUGGGAUUCUUCCAGAGAACAUCCAAGAUGAUUCUGUCACAGACCAGAACCAAAAUAUCACAUUCUGUACUGCAUGCCAUCCUGAAAAAUUUUAUUCUCACUUUCGUGAUGGCACUAACUUUGGCACACAGAUUGGCUUCAUAUCAAUCAAAGACUGAGAUAGUAUCUGUCUCUUGCUCUGGAGUAGUAUUUAGACAAUAAGUCUGGUGCGUUGACUGUUAUCCUGCUCUCCUGGUAGAUUUCUUUCCUUCUUUGUUUCACGGACUUGCGAUGGAAAGAGUACACAGGCCUUCAGAUUCUCCUGCUUCUUCCAUUCCCUGUCAUUCUGAGGCAAGAAGAGAUGUCUAAGAUACGGAUCCUGGCUUGUGUGAGCCAGGUUCCAAAGGAAACAAGGACAACUCACAACAGUAAUGAAGCACUUCUGCAAAGCCAGAUGCAAGAUCCCAUUUUCUUGCCUCUUUGACCAAGUAUAUCCCAUAAACCUUACUGGUC